AUUCUCACAUCGCGAGGCAUAAGCAAAGACAAAAAGUGAGAACGAAGUGCGUUAUUUCAUUUUUAUACAAUUUAAUUAAAUUAGAUACCUAAGAAAAGCCACAAUAUGCGCGAGUGAAAUUAUACUUUAUCAAAAACCCAUACGGCGCUAAUGCCAGCUUCGUGUAAAUGGCUAAAAAGUGACGCGAAAUAAAAACUGCCAGCAACAACAAGCAGCAGCAGCAACAACAACGCAAUUGUGAUAGACAAAGAAAAAUAGAUUAAGAAGGGAAGCAAACAGAAAACAGCGAAAGAGCGAAAAUAAGAGGAAUUCAAGAAACGCAAACAGGCCGAAUAAAAUGGAAAAUAUAUUUUUGCUCGAACAACAGGAACUCGAGUAAAUGGUUUUACACACUUGCACAUUUGAUACGCAACGAAAAUAGCUUUUAAAGUAAUAAGUAAUAAGCAGGCGGAAGAAGAAGCUGAACCAUCUAAAUACAAAAAAAAAAUAAUAAAUAAGAAAAUCGUGGAAGGCAAAAAGGAAAAUAAAACAAGAGUGGCGCGUUGAAAGAAAAGGAACAUAGGGGUAAAAAUAAAGAGCCAGAGGAGGGGCGCUGUUUUUGUUGUUGUUGAAGCUGGCAAAUAAAAACAUACAGCACACACACACAAUCAUACUUGGAUACAGCCCCACAGCUGAUGUAAAAUAAUUUGCAGCGCCUGUGUUCGUGCCCGUUUACAAUUGAUUAAAACCAAAACACACGAACACUGAAACAACAUUGAAAAGACCCACAUACUGGCGCACCAUUGUGAAAAUUGAUUAAAGAUUAUAAGAAUAACAUUGAAACACACAACACCCGCUAGUACAAGCACACAUACCGAUGAGGGAACACAACUGAAACGUCUGAAGCACUGCCAAACCAUAAGUGAGAAGACAGAAGCAAACCAAGGAGGAGGAGAAGGAGGAGUGGAAUCAGUAGGAGGACCCCCUCCAGGGCGCGGGAGCCAAGUUCAGGGGAAAGGCGAGUAACACCAACAGCUCCAUGAUGCUGUACGUGUUCCAUGUGGAUGUCGGCCGUAUGCUGAGCUUCGACAUGAACGUGGCCCUGCAAUCGGUGGAGAAUCUUAAGGAGACCAUACACAAGCUGCAUGGAAUCCCCGCCUCCAAUAUUGUAUUGCUGGUGAGUGGCGGCGAGAUGCUGACGCACUCCACCCAGGUUUCGUGCUACUCGGCGGGCACGGACAACAAUCCCAUCUACAUGUUCCUCACAGGCGACGAGCGAAUAGCACCGACGAUACCCAAUUCGGAUGCCGACGCGGAGCUACGCCGCCAGGUGGAGGAGAGCCAUCGAUUGCCGCCAUCGCUGGAAGCAGUACGCCUGCGAGCUCAGCUGGCGCAGCAAAUGAGCGAACUGGGGCGCAAGGAGUGGAGCUUGUGCGAGCGCCUGGUCCAUGAGCAGCACCUCCAGCAACAGGGCUGGUUCGCUGUGGUGGCCAACAUGGAGGAUCUGACGAACGAGUUCAAGGAGCGCUUCCACAACUUCUGCUUGGCCUUCGACCGGCAUUUGCAGAAGCGGGACAGCUACCUGGAACUGUUGCGGAAUUUCGCCGAAGAUCUCAAACAGCUGGCCAAGAUUCCCAUACUUCCGGCGCUGAUGUCCUUGGCCGAGGCCGAUUUCCAUGGCUUCGAUGAGCUGCUGGACAAUGACGAUGUCUUUGCCACCCAGCAGCAGCCGCAACAGUCGCUUUCCGAGUCCUCGCAGGCCGAUUCCCCCAACAAGAAGCUCAAGAUGGGCGACGAGGACACGCAGGAGACGUCUUCAGCAGAUCAGCAAGAACGCGUCUCCCAAACCUCAACCAGCAGCACAUCGCUGGCCCGGCGGCACAACCUCAAUCUGCUGCAAUGGAUCAGCUCGAAGGGCAACCACGGCGCCCUGCAGCUCAUGUCGGAUGAGUGCAUCCAGGGGCUGGAUACAUUCAAUGCCGAGAUCUACGAGAAGCUGAAGGAGGAGGUCAAGCACAUAAUUAAGCUGGCGAACCAGGGCGAUGUGAAGGAGAUCAAGGGCUUGGGCGACCGGCUGUGCAAACUGGAGGAGUUUAAGAAACGCAUCUCGGAUAUGGUUAAGGAGCAGAAGGAGCAGGCACUCGCUUUGCUGCACAACGAUGCGCGGGCCCAGAAUGUCCGCGACAACUCCGUCCUGCCCGAUCUCUGUCUGUCGCACCGCUCGCAGAUCCAGGCUAUGUUGGACAACCACAUCAAGAUCCGCGAGCUGUGUCGCUGCAUCGCCAACUCCAAGGAGGAGCUGGGCAGGAAUCUCCAUGCGCGGCUGCGGAGGAUAGUCUGGGUUGAAAACGGGAUGAGCGAGUUCGACAACCGGCUGCUGUUCAACCAUCGUUGCUUGAAGCGUGCCGAGCGGCACAUCUGCAUCAUCGAACAGAUCCACCGAGCUCCGAGCAUAUACGUGGACGCUGUGGCAGAGGUGGUCCGCCGGAAGAUCUUCUCCGAUGAGUUCCGCCAGUGGGCCACGCGGCUCUCCAUCGACUUUGACCGGAUCCACACCGAGGAGCUGAGGAGGAGGAGAGAGUUCAAUGAACGAUUCGAGGGCCAUUUCCUUAAGAUUUUGUUUCCGGGCAUGGGGGACAUGCCGCCCGCCUUUGCGAACGAGCAUCCUCUCAGUUUCGACACCGGCCUGCCGCCGCUGAGUCCCUCGGACAUGGAGCUGCUCUCCUCGCAGUUGCCCGAAAUGGCUGCCCAGCUGCAGCUGCCCGACAUGCAGUCUGUGAUAGACUUCUUCGUCCUCCGAGAACGGAAUCCGGACUCAGAACAGCUUCCGGAACAGGACCAGGACGCCCCGCUGUUAGCACCUCGCUUGGCUGAGCUGCAGGCCCAGGCAGCUGCCUCGGAUUGCGAAACGGACACGGAAACAGAGUUCGAGAAGCUCAGUAGCACGUCCAGGUGCGUGGCCACCUCCAUGUCCGGCAGUCUGGUGGAGCAAGUGGCCCGCAGUACGGCCACGGACCAGCUGCUGAUGCUCAGUGCUGGCACCUUGACGGAGGAGAACGGGGGCAGUAUGCAGAGGAUGCGUGGCGCCAUGGAGGACAUGUCCAAGCUGGCGAAAGCUUGUCUGAAGGAAGCUCGCUACAAUCUGGGAGUGUUUCGAAGCGAUGCGGCCAACUACCAGGACGAGCUUCAGUCUGAACUGCAUCAUCUGCAGGACAAGUGGAACGUCUUGAGAAUGCAGUGCGAGGAGCGCGAGCUGCGAGCCCAGGAGCAGUUGGACGAGCUGCGGUUGAAGCUGGAGUUGGCGGAACAGGAGAAGCAGACGGCUGUGGCCCAGGCCCGGGAGCAGCUCAUUCACGAGCACAAAACGGAGCUGGAGUCGCUGCGCUGCCGGUUCAAGCUGAUGACUUCCAUGGAGCGUUCGCCCUCGGACACCAGCCUGGAGAAGAUUGAGCGGCCGACGAGCAGCGCUAGUGUGGUUAGCGCCAGUGUGGAUGUGGACCAUCUGCUGGCUCAGCAGCGCCAGGAGCUACUCGCCCAAAGGGAUCGCGAAAUCAUCGAGGCCGUAGAGUCGGAACGGUCUUUGUGGCAGUCGCGCCUUAACUCUGAUUCUGUGAUGGCCAACGUGGGCAUUCUGAAGGAGAUGCUGGCGGAUAAGGAGAAACAGCUGGACCAACUGCGCGACCAGAACAAGAUCCUCACCCAGGAGUCGUUCCAGUUGAAGACGCGCCUGGAGAUGAUCACCAACGAGGACGGCAACAGCUGGCUCAAGGAGAAGAUCGACUAUCUCAACAGGGACAAGAGUCGUUUGGAGGAGGAGCUUAGCCAGGAGAAGAGUCGUCGCAUCGAAAUGGAAACUAGUGUCGCGGCCAUGAGGAGCUCUGCUUACGAUCUGAACAUGGGCAGCACCAUGACCCGCUCCAGGUCCAGCGGUAUCUCCAACCAUCGGGUCAUCGCCUUGGAGGGAUGUUCUCGUGGCGAUUUGGUCUUUGUGGUGUGGAGCAUGCGGCACGGGCAGUUCAUGGUGGUUCAGGACUCGCUUACCCUGUACUUCGUGCAUGCUGAUAGUUUGGCGGCCCUGCAGCUGACCCCUCCGGUCACUUCCCUUCCGGCGAUAGCAGGACCUGCUGACUCCUCGCUACCCCUGGCGGAGAUCAAUCAAAUUCCGCUGCCCUACUACGCUAUUGGACGGGUCAUUGACAAGGAGUACUGCCAGGCACGAAAGGAUGACAAUCGCUAUCGGGUCAGCAGGGGCUCGAAGUUCUAUCGCAUCAAGUUGGCGCCAUUGCCCUCUCGAAAUACAUCGCGGCGGGAGCGCUUAGAGUCCAGCUCAUCCGCCGCCACAGCCAUUGCGUCGCCCAGAGAUAUUGUCGAUGCGCCCAGCACCACCGGCAGUGUCUACCAGAGCUUUAAGCAGCGCACGGUGAGCAUUACCAGCGUGAACGAGGAGGAUGACGAGUCGGCUUCGCUGCUCAGCGAACGUUGUCGCUACAUCAGCGUCAGCGAGGAGGAUGAGUUGCGUGCUGCUGGCGGUACAGCAACACCAACAGCAACGGCAGCAGAAAGUGCGACAGUAACAACCACAACCACAGCGGUUGCCUCAGAUCCAGCAGCGACACCCUCGCCAGCAGUGAUGGCAGCAACUCAAGCACAGUCUGUGAUAACAGAGCAGCCAACGGCAUCGAGCAAACUUAAAUUGGAUCUACUGUUGGCCUCUGCUGAUAUAAUAACACAACCUAUAACACAACAACAACAACAACAAACAUUGGAACAGGAACCACGCGACGAGUUGAAGAGUCUAGAGCCUGUGGCUGAAGAAAAUCCGAACCCCAUUGAAACAACUCCAACCGAGCUGGAUUCACAAUUGGAACCCAUCACCAUCUAUGUGCCCCAGAACCCCCUAGAAAUACCAGCAAUAACUAGUAGUGCUAGCAUCCUAGCCAGCUUGGAUGCGGAUCCAAUUAUAAGCACAGCCGAAAUGCUACCAAUGUCGAUUGGUGCGGCCGCCAUAAGCGAGGACUCUGACGAGUACAGAUCGUUGGAGGGCAAGGAUGACGGCGAUGCCGAUAACGAUGAUUUUCCCAUUUCCGAAUAGGAGUAACAUAUAACCACUUAUAUACAUAUAUGGAGUGUGUAUCUAGGCUAAAACUUUUACUCUAUGUAGGAACCAAAACACAGCAACAGCAAAAGCAACAACAACCGAGUCCCUAAAAAACUAAAAACUAAAAAUAAGCCACAGGACCCCCACACGCAAAACAACACCACUUACUAACAAGAACAUCAAAGAAAUGUGAAAAUUGAUAUACUUAAAUAAUUUAAAGUUUACCAAGUGCAGAAUAUAUAUAUUCAAAAUGAAACUGAGAAUGUUCUAAUGUAUGUAGUCUAUGUCUACAUAUUCGUAUAAUCUUAACAAAUUUGAGAAAGGGCUGUAUUAAACCCAUUAAACACCAGACACCAGGACACCCACAACACCACCACAGACACAACAAAACAAGCUACAUUUUUUUUUGAAACAUUUUUAUUUAAAAUAAAAAUAAUGUACUUUAACAAAUUUACCCUAUAGAUAAAACAUUUAACAUUAACAUUGGUAGUUUUCGGUUUAAAGUUUAUCAUUUGAUUCAUUUAGUGCCAAGAAAUUAGUUUCCAAGUCACAUUAGUUUCGUAGCGAGUAAAAUUGAAAAAGGAGGAAAGCAAAAUUAUAUUUUUUAUAGGAAUUUUAUAAAAAAAAGACUAGAACACAAGGAGUUAGCACACACACACACAUACGACACACACAAAAAAAAACACCCACCCACCCACACUCUAUAAAGGGCUCAGCCUGCAAGAAACACAGUUUUAUGCUCAGCUUAAACCACUCUCUUCCCCCGGCCACCACCCGCCCAAAGUCAAACCCUAUCUAUCUUAUCUCUCCGCCUCUCUAUAUCUAAGAUAUUUUGAUUUUUUUCGACUUUUGUGUAAAUAAAUAAGUACGGAAAUCGACGAAUAGUUAUUUAUGCCUUUAUUCAUAAACCAAGGAAACAACAAACACACGAUGAAUGAUGAAUGAAAAUUACAACAAACAAAAUAGAUAUAAAGAAACAUUUAAUGAUUUGUGCGUUACCGAGCGAUACUUUUUGAACGCUGUGUAAAUAGAAUAACAAAUAUUAUUUAAAUAUACUUUAAAAUUAUAAAAAAAAUGAAGGAAACGUAUAAACGAAGGUGUAACAAAAGCGGAUCGCUAAAUUGUCAAGCUUACAAAAAAAAAAGUGUAAAAUCAAAAAUCAAAUAAAAAUGGUAAACAUUUCAAAACUA